AUGGCAGUCCACACACAUCACAUUACAAAUGAACAAAUCAAAAACAUUUUACAAGAUAGUAAAGUUCUCGAUGGUAAUGAUGAAUUCACCUCAUCGCGUAUUACCAAUGGAUUUUGUAAUCCAAUCUAUCACAUAAAGAUGUCCAGCGGUAAUCAGUAUAUUCUGAAGGUGACAAAUCCGAUUUGGAAGAAACUCAAGACAAGAAAUGAAGCGAUCGUGCUGAAUUUCUUGCAUAAGUACACAUCGAUCCCAGUACCGAAAGUCAUCUCGUAUUCGAACACAAAUGAACUUAUCGGUUACGAAUACAUUCUUAUGACGUACGUACCAGGAAUUCCAUUGUCUGAUGUUUAUGAUUCGUUAAGUUUCGAAGAACGAAAGCCUUAUUUAUUUCAACUUGUGAAAAUUUAUGUUGAAAUGGUGAAUAUCGAUAUACGUUCAACCGAUAUGAAUAAAUUAGGUUGCUUUGAAAAGAUCAACGAAAAGGAUGGAGCGUUCGAAGCGGUUUUAUGUCCCAAUGUCGAUUCCCUACAAGGUCCACACAACAAUAUCUACGAUUAUUCAUGCGAUUACAUCAAGUUUCGAUUUCCAGAAAUGUUACAGUCGAAAUAUUCUCACUAUGUACCGAAAUUCGAAGCAAUUAUCAAAUCAUUGCGCGAAGAGCAACAGAAAACGGUAUUCGACGAACGAGUAGUCCUAACGCAUACGGAUAUAGCGCCAAAAAAUGUCAUAGUCGAUCCUGCAACAAAAACCGUUCAAGCCUUGAUCGACUGGGAAUGGAGUUCGUUGAUGGUUGUCGAUCAAGAUUUUGAAACCAUGACGCUUGGAGGAGUAUGGAAAGGCGAGCAAGAAUUAGUGUUCCUUCGUGAAACUCUAUCUACUCUCUUGGGUGAACAACGAAUGAAAACAUAUCAGGAGCAAUUCGAAAAACGAAAGAAUAUGAAUGAUGCUGUAUCUGAAGCUAUGGUUAUUGUUGCUUAUCAGGAUUGGUAUCACGGUAGAGAACAUCUACUGGAACAAGCAGAGAAAGAUUUGGAACGUGAUGUACAAGAUUUGUUUUCACGAUUUGAUGUGUAA